AUGCAGUUGCUUAGCAAGGAAUCAGGAUUUCUGGCUAUUGCCCAGCCCAUGGGGGCAUCUGGUACAAGCAGGGGUAUCAGAGCUAGAAAACGGCAAGAAUGUGCCACAUCGGUUCCUAAGGAGCCUGCUACACUCCAAUCAUACGGUCCAAGUUUCAAACAGUCCAUUGAUGCCAACGCCUUAGCGAGUACACACCAUCGUCCAAUACCUCCCAACGACACCUCUGCUUGUAGCUUGGUCUUCGAAGGUGUAUUCCUCAUAACUGCAGAAUUAAGCGGGCAAAGCGAUGAUUCAAACUCGAGGCGUCGAUAUUCAUCCUUCGUUUCGGUUCCAGAUGGACAGCGCACGAGCCACUCUCUUGCUCUGGUGAUGAUCCCGGACGAUGACUGUGUUCGACUUGAAGUCAAUAGCCACUACCAUUUGCGGGGGCCCGUGCUCCCCAGAGAUAGCAAUGGCAAUACGAUCUUUUACCCGACUGCAAGGAGUGUUAUGAUUUUACCGGAGCGAAAUGUCGAAUUGGGCAUACCGGUGUUGAGCGUAAGGGUCAUCAGUCGGGGGCGAGUGAUUCAAUGUCGAAACCAGUGA